UAUCGCAGUGCCAGAAAAAGCAAAUGGUAUUCUCGUGAUUCCCUCGCAAAAUAAAUCCCAUCCUUUUCCUCUUUGUCCUUCCCUUCUUCCUCUCUCUCUCUAUAGAGAAAGAGAGCGCUCCUCUCCUCUUCCCAUCAUAAACGAAUAGAUUCGGUUCUGGAGAUCAACCUCCGAUUUUCUCUCUGGCAAUUGAUAUUUUUGUCGCAAUCGUCUCAGAUCUUUCUUCCUGAAGCUGCCCGCCGAUUCCUUUUUCGGAAUUCCUGCCCUCAUCUGUACAUACAAAUCGCCUGAGCUUUUCUCGCAUUCUUGGUUGAUUUCGUCGUCCAAUUGCACUAGUGGACGCUAUUCUUUCUCUUCGGAAUGACGCAAUAGAUUCCUGCGAAGGCUAGAGGUAAUACAGUUUCGAUCUGUGAUCUCUUUCAAGCCUUCUAGGGGAUUUUUUUUUUUUAAAAAAAAAAAAUAGUGGAUCUGUUGAUUUAGAGCGCAAAAUGAGCGAUUUUGCUUCGUUUUGGUAGAUGAGUUGCUUCAUGUCGUAGGGAAGAGGGUAAGAGAGAGAGAGAGGGAGGAGGGGAAUGUUGGGAUGGAGGAUCCAUCUAUGUACAGUCACAGUCCGGCCCAUCUCGCCGUAUUACGAAGAGACCAUGCAGGCCUCAAGCGGAUCGUCGCCGCACUCCCUCGCCUCCCCAAGGCUGGGGAGGUCACCACUGAGGAGGAAUCCCUUGCUGGCGAGCUCACAGCCGAUUCUGUCUCCGCGACCAUUGACCGUCGUGAUGUUCCCCAUAGGGAGACCCCUCUUCACCUUGCUGUCCGGCUUCGUGACCCUAUCUCUGCUAAGAUUCUCAUGUCAGCUGGCGCUGAUUGGUCGCUUCAAAACGAGAAUGGCUGGUCUGCGCUCCAGGAGGCUGUUUGCAUCCGUGAGGAUUCAAUUGCCUUGAUCAUUGCUCGCCACUACCAACCCCUUGCUUGGGCUAAGUGGUGCCGUCGUCUCCCUCGCAUUGUUUCAUCCAUUGCACGGAUCCAGGAUUUCUAUAUGGAGAUCACAUUCAACUUUGAGAGCUCAGUUAUCCCAUUUAUUGGAAGGAUUGCACCAUCUGAUACUUAUCGAAUAUGGAAACGAGGUUCAAAUCUCAGAGCUGAUAUGACAUUGGCAGGGUUUGAUGGAUUCCGAAUCCAGCGAGCUGACCAGGCAUUCCUCUUCCUUGGUCAGGGUGCUGCUCCUGCUGAGAGUGGGCAUCCACAGCUGCCUGUUGGGUCUCUAAUUGUGCUUGCUCAUAAAGAGAAAGAGAUCACAAAUGCACUUGAAGGAGCUGGAGCCAAGCCCACAGAAGCAGAGGUGGCUCGUGAGGUUGCUUUGAUGUCUCAGACAAAUAUGUACAGGCCAGGAAUUGACGUUACACAAGCUGAGCUCAUCCCUCAUCUGAAUUGGCGGCGACAUGAUAAAUCUGAAAUGGUUGGGAAUUGGAAAAGUAAGGUCUAUGAUAUGCUGAAUGUGAUGGUGAGUGUCAAGUCAAGACGGGUCCCUGGUGCUAUGACUGAUGAGGAGUUAUUCAACAUGGACAAUGAUGAAAGGAGGGCCAAUGGUGGAGAUGUUGACGGGGAGCUCGAUGAAAUAUUGACACCAGAGGAGAGGGUGCAGUUGGAUUCAGCACUUCAGAUCAGUAAUUCUCAGGGUUUUGAUGAAUUGGAAGGAAAUAAUGGGACACAUGAAAGUAUAGUAAACUCUGAAUCAAGUGGUGUUCCCAAGGAAAAGAAAAACUGGUCAGUAUGGAGUAACAAAAGAACUUUGAAGAAUAAUGGAGUUGAAGAUACAGAUGACACAAAAAAUUUCCAUUCAAAAUUUCCUGAUAAUGGACAUCAUAAAGACAAAUUAACAAAAGAAAAAACGGAUGCUAAGAAGGGGAAUGAAAAAAGCACAAAGAAGAAGAGUGGUCACAGUGAAUCUAGCAAACAUGAAAGUGAAUUCAAGAAAGGUUUGAGACCAAUUUUGUGGUUGACUCCUGAUUUCCCUUUGAAGACGGAUGAGCUUCUUCCUUUACUUGAUGUCUUAGCUAACAAGGUCAAGGCUGUGAGGAGGCUCAGGGAGCUUUUAACCACAAAGCUGCCUCAAGGCACAUUUCCAGUUAAGGUAAUUUUUGGGUGCAUGUUUUAAGUAGAUUCAUCUCCUGAAUUUUUUUCUAUUUC